GCCUUGUACGUCAGCGUUUCAGAACUGACCAGACUCUGCAACGGCCUUGGUCCGAAGCAGCUGGGCCUUGGGAAGCCAAUGGUCUUGACGCUCGAGGAUAACACCACCUUGAAGGGGUAUAUCCUCAGCUUGGAGGGUGUUGACCCGGCAGUGGCUCAGUCUCUGAGGCACAUCCGUGUUGAGCGCCGUUUGGGUGUUCAUAUGGAUGAAGAGCUCAUGGCACCUCGCCAUCAGCUGAUCAAAGGCCGUGAGAAGCACGUCUUCGAGCAUGUCUGUGAUGGGCAUGCUGCACACCUCCCGAGCAAGCUCAUGAAGGGCAACCUCAGGACAAAGAUGAUGACUUUGUCGGCCUUGCAUGAGAAGGCCAAGGAGGUCGAUCAGGCAAAGUGUGGCAUCCACAUUGACAUAGACAUAGCUACCGGGAACGGCGAGCAGGGCGGCUUCGACGAGGAUGAAGAGGGCGAAGAAGAGGAGCCUCGCGAGCAUGACGAUCUGGUGGAGGACACUGACAUGGAGGUGGAUGACAAGAUGAGCAUGGCGUCGGGAGCCACUGGCCUUUCCAGGUUCUCGAAGAUCACGAAGCAGCGCGGUGCUCUCAGCAUCGUGCCGCAGAAGAUGGACUUGGGCAGUGUGGCUGCCGAAGCGGCGGAGACAGCACCAAAGAAAGUGACGAAACGGAAGAAAGCGGUGGUGGAGGAGGUACCGGCGGAGGAGGGCGAUGCCGAGAUCGUGAGCUUAAUUGGCGAUGAAGCGCUGGACAGCGACUUGCAGGAGAUUGCAGACGCACUCGGCGAGAUACCGCGAUGUUUUGCGGGUCUCAACGUGGCCCGCAUCUUGUCGGCCGACCUGAAGCCAGGCUCUGUGGUGAAUGCUGCUCGAGGUGGCAAGGCAGCCAGAACCAUCCUGGAAAAGAUGCAACAGAAGAAGCAGAAGGAGGCUGGGAAGCUGGAGAAACGCAUCGACCUGGUCUCGCAUCUUUCGGCCCUCGUGUACGGCAAAAUCAAGGAGAUGAAGUCCCAUGAGCUCGUGCUGCACCUGCAGCACUGUGACGAGAGUGGCGUCAAGUUGACCUUUGACCUCAGGUGUCAGUACCUUCUGCGCCGAGCAGAGGACUUGAUGGCACCCUUGCAGGAGACCAGCAAGAAAUCCGUUGCCCAGUCCACCGUGGAUGCCAUCGUUCGGUGCUUUGCCGUUUGGAGCCCCAUGAGGGCCAAGUCGGAGACAGAGCUGACGGCCUGGCAGGUUUGGUCGGAUGAGAAGCAGAGGCUGGAGAAACAGGCUGAGGAUGGCACGAUCGCCGAUGAGGAGCUCGAGAGCUUGACCGAGAAGCAAGGGCAGGUUUUCGGCAGCUGUGUGUGGCAUGAUGUCAUGUGUUGA